ACACAAAAAAUUGCUAGAUUUUGUACGUUCACCGUCCUUGUUGGCACAUGAAGUUAGGAUUUUUUUGCAAAACUCGCCUUAAAGGAAAGUGAUUUAAUAUUGAUUCUGCUGUGAGAUGGCUUUAUUUUAUUUGCUGUCUACUUAUUAACUUCGAGGCAUUCUCGAUCAUCUUGAGUCCACCUUGGUCAUAAUUUCCCAGAUGUCGUCAACAGAAAAGUUGUCAUUGCUUUCGAGUUUUAAUUCUGUAUCCUUCAGUGUCAAUCCAAAGGAUUACCACUGUUUGAAACAAAUAGGUUCUGGUUUUGAAGAUUUAACAUCAAUAUGGUUGGCUCGAUAUAAGGACUCCUCCAAAAAUAUUGUUAUAAAGAAAACCUACCUCGACAUUUCUAACAGCGACAAAAUUGAUUUAAUGAGACAUGAAGUCCACCUGUCGAGGCUUUUGGCUCACCCAAACAUCCUCCCGAAUCUUGGUGCGUUUGUCUGUGGAAAUGAGUUGUGGACGGUGAGUCCUUUCAUGCAGUACGGAUCGUGUGACACGAUAAUGGCAACUGGAUUUCCACAAGGUUUGCCAGAAGCAGCCAUUGCACAUAUACUACGAGAUGUUUUAAAAGCUCUUGAAAACAUUCACAAGAUGGGUUAUAUUCACCGUGCUGUAAAAGGUAGCCACAUACUGAUUGAUGAAAAUGGUACCGUUCAAUUAACUGGACUGCGUGAAUCUCACUGUCUCUCUCCAAACGGUUAUAAUCACUGUCUUGCUUACGACUUCCCCCUUCAUGCAGUGGCAUCUUUACCUUGGCUGGCACCAGAGGUUCUCGAACAGAAUAUCCUUGGAUAUGAUUAUCGCUCUGAUAUAUACAGUGUCGGUAUCACAGCUGUUGAACUGGCGUUGGGUGUUGUGCCUUACAAAAAUAUGAGUGCGACUCAGGUUCUACUGGCAAAGUUACAAGAAAGUGACAUAACAUUGCAGUCUUUUUCCGAGACAAGUCUUUCUCCAUGUGUCACAUCCUCUGGCGUCUCCGACUCUGGUUUUGGAGAUGGUAUUGCAGUGAGCAGCAUCGAACAGCAGGGCCAAGGAAAAGCAAGAAAUAAGAAAUUCUCUUCUUUCUUUUGCCAGUUUGUCAAUACUUGCCUGCAAAAGGAACCAGAUCAUCGGCCUUCGGCUAGUAUCCUGCUAAAUCACUCCUUUUUUAAACACGCAAAAAAGAAAGUUAAAGAAAGCUUGCCCGAUCUUUUGUUACCUGUUCAGCCAACAAUCUUCGAUGACAGUGAGAUUAAGAAUAUUACAGUGGUAGAGUCUGUGGCAGACACUUUGGAUGAUUUGACAAUUGAGACUUGGGACUUCUAAAUGUUACUUAACAAUCGCUCCCCGUAUACUUGAGUAUACAAAUACUGCCAGCAUGACUGCUAGACAGGGCAUUUUACUUCAUACGAGCAAUGAAGUUGUAAAUAAUUAUCAUCUAGAACUAUCUAUAUUCACAAAGUGCGUGUAUAUUACGCUUGAGGUCUCAGGUCCUAUACUUAACCUAAUUGAGUUUAUCAACACUCCAGGGUGUGCAUCUGGAAACUGCGAGGUUAUGUGCAUGCCAUGUGUGUGUGGUGAGGAAUGGAGCGCUCUGACUAGUGCGAGUAUAUUACGGUUGAGGUCUUAGGUCGUAUACCUAACCUAAUGGACCACUCAGGCCGGUUGUUCGAAAGGUGUUUAGCUUGAACGGGGGAUCAGUUCCAA